AUGAAUGUCAGAAGUUGUUUUGCAAUGAAUCGAUGGUGCUCCAGCAUGUCUCGCGUGAAAAAAAGAUUUUAUGAAGAAGCACGAGCAGUGUACAAACCUGUUGAAAAAAUCUACAACAUAUAUCUUGAUGAGCAUUGUUUAGUAACUCCAAAGAAGUAUCCAGUUCAGAUAUCUUCCGAAGCACUUGCAGUGGCUGUUGCAGAAGAAUGGAAUAUGCAGAAAAAUGAUCUAAGAGAGAAUUUGAUGCGGCUUACGGGCUUGAUUUUUACAGCUAUCGACAAUCCUACUUCCUUAGGAAAAUCUGAUCUGAUCUCGCAAAUACUUGAAUUUUUGGAAAAAGAUACAGUCCUUUAUCGUUUGGAAAAUAAUAAGAAUAUACUUGAAUUGCAAAAAAAUAGAUGGGAUCCAGUGGUUGAAUGGGUGAACAUGGAGUAUGGUUUGACAGCGAAACCUAGCUAUUCUAUAGUUGAAGAAGCAGUAGUAGACGAUAUUUCACGAGCUCGUCUUGCGAAUCAGUUGUCUGCAUAUAGCUUCUUCCAGUUGAUCGGUCUGCAAUAUGCCGUUGAAUCCUUGAAAUCCGUAUUUCUUACUUUGGCAACAGUGACGCAUCGUUUACAUGUUGAUGAAGCAGUUGAGUUGGCAUUAUUAGAACACGAAUAUCAAAGUAGUAUUUGGGGAAAAGUAGAGUGGGCUCACGAUAUCGAACGAGAAGAGCUCAUAUCAAGAUUAUCGGCUGGGGUUAUGGCAAUAAAUUUGUCUUAUUCUGAAGUAGAAAAAGAGAAGCAUGAGGAAAAUGACGAACUUUCUGCAUUAAAAUUUGUUUAG